AUGCCUGGACUCAUCGACUCUGAAUAUAUGGAGAUGGGAGCGGCGACUGCGGCAGCUUUGAACAAGCAGACCGUGACCACGAAAGCACCAAAUCGUCUGCAUAGCGGGUACGCGCAUGCCCUGACGAGGUCAUGGCAGUCGGAGUCGAGGCUACACAAAGACCAAUUUGUCUACCCGCUCUUCAUCUCGGACAAUGCGGACGACUUCAUUUCCAUUCCAUCGAUGCCGGAUCAGCACCGAAUCGGUGUCGACCGCCUGGACGACUUCGUUGCACCGCUUGUCGCCAAAGGCCUAAGCAGCAUCAUCCUCUUCGGUGUCAUCAACGACAACGCAGACAAGGAUGCGGAAGGCAUGUAUGCCGACUGCGCUGGAUCUCCGGUCAUCGAGGCCGCACGCCUGAUCCGAGCCAGCUUCCCUUCCGUCUACGUGAUUGCAGACGUCUGUCUUUGCGAGUACACCGAUCACGGACACUGUGGCAUCCUCAACGCGGACAACAGCCUCAACAACGAGGUUUCCAUUCGCAGACUGACGGAAGUGGCUGUCCGCUACGCGAAAGCUGGAGCGCACUGUGUCGCACCAUCUGACAUGAACGAUUGUCGCGUUGCUGCCAUAAAAGAUGGGCUUGCCAAGGCCGGCUUUGGUCAUCAGGUCGCUGUCAUGGCGUACUCGGCCAAAUUCCACAGCGUGCUGUAUGGGCCUUUCCGCGAUGCAGCUGUUUCACCGCCUGCCUUUGGAGACCGCCGCUGCUACCAGCUCCCCUGCGGCGCUCGAGGCUUGGCACGAAAGGCUGUGGUGCGAGAUCUCAGCGAAGGCGCUGAUUUUGUGCUUGUCAAGCCUGCUGGAAGCUAUCUCGAUAUCAUUCGGGAUACCAAGGAGAUUGAUCCGAACGCUGUCGUCGUUGCUUACCAGGUUAGCGGCGAGUAUGCAGGCAUUUACGCCGCUGCGAACGCUGGUGUGGCUGACUUGCGUGCCUUGGCUUUUGAGAGUUGCGAAGCAAUGGUUCGUGCCGGAGCGACGGUCAUCAUUAGCUACUUCUCUCCCCACUUCCUCGACUGGUUGAAUUAA